AUGAACCUGAACAUGGAUGACGAAUAUAUCAAGGUGAGCAAAGCAGGUCAUCUCUUCCACAACCUCAAUGGCUCUGGCUCUGGUUCUGCUCUGAACCUGCAGAAAAAAGUCGGGUCCAUUCUCAUGGCACCUUUCCGUCUCAACGAGUACCUCGACCCUGUUGGGCAGACGCUCCAGAUGGCAGCCCCGAGUUCCAAGCAUAUUGGCCCAGCUUCGAUACAUUCCAGGCCAUUCACGUGGAAAUGGAUCAGCAUAGGGAAGAGUAUGGUCAACGUCCAAAGUCGAGAAGCACGCUUCAUCAUGACCGCCCUCACCAAAAUGUUGUGGCAAGCUAUGGCUCUCGCCGGUGUUCUGGUAUUGGCAAUCAUUAUCUGCACCGGGUUCACUUUUCCAGAAACUGAAAGCUGCAUGGUUGACUGGUUUUGCUGCAUCUGGUGGACCGACCCGGUUUACUACUCUUUUGAGAUCCUCAUCGCCAGCGAAUACCGCGGUCGGGACUUCACUUUCUCGGAUUUCGUUCCCAGCUAUCCCGUCCUCGAGGGAUAUCAGUUCAUUUGGCUCCGUCCGAGGUGCUGUAGCCCGAGAGAAGACGGUUUAUGGAGAUGCCUGCACGAGAUCGGUGGGACGGACGAGUUCUCCAUGCCUUCUGCCUCGCAGUUGUACCACUCAUCUGCUCCAUCGUCGAUCGCCGCCGCGUACAACACCGAAACCACGGCUGCCGUGGUGACGCUGCUCUUCUCCAUGACGUUCGCCUUCAACGGCGCCAUGCAGCCCCCUGCCGCCGCCCUGUCCGGCUUCUGGUCCUUCGUAUACAGCGUCUCUCCGCUAACGUACUGGAUCACUGGCAUCGUCGCAACAGAGCUGCAUGAGAGGCCUGUCGUGUGGGACAGGCCAACUGGAAGCUCCCAUUUCCAAAGGAUUAGGAACCCGGCCUACGAGCUGAACCUCCCCCCCGCCCCCGGCGAAUUGGGAGGAUCCACCCGGUGA